AUGUUCAAAAGAGACUACGUUUACAAAGAAGUCGACGGCGUUAGCGUCGCGGCCACGGUAAUCUGGAAAUCCACCUUGGAUGAGAGUCCCUAUGGGAUCGCGUUUCACGGGGGAGGAUUCGUCAUUGGUUCCAGGCACUUCAUACCCGAAGUCGAAAUCGACUACCUUUGUGGUGCGCACUACGUUGUUGUGUCGGCGGAUUAUCGCCUGUGCCCACAGGUCCCCCUGCACCAUGUCAUACAGGACGCGGUCGACGCCUUUUCGUGGUGCAAGUCGGAUCUACCCGCCAGGCUCAACAACGAUGCGGGUAUUGCCGUAGAUGGACAAAAGAUUGUUGCAUUCGGUCAGUCGGCUGGCGGCCUAUUGGCCCUACACCUGGGAGGUCUUCCAAAGCCACCACGAGCGAUCCUCGACUUUUACGGCGUCAAGUACAUGAGUGAUCAGUUUUGGCACAGUCCACUACCUGUCCUUGCCGGAAUUCCACCCUUUGAGCAGACCUUCCUGGAUAAAAUCUACCAAGAACCCAUCUUGACGACAACAGUCACAUCCUUGGAGACGGCGGCCCCGUCAACAAGCGGAACCCGUAAAAGGGGCAUGCCUGCACCUGACCUCUCUAUUCCUCGCAACGCCUGGCUUUUCACUGCCCUAAAGAAUGGGACACAGAUCAAGGCCAUCGUCACAGACGGCGAUUUCGAGAGUGUCGACCCAGCACAAGCUUUCAAACCCGGCUUUCCUCCGACCUUCUUUCUGCACGGCGAUGCGGAUGCCAUGGUUCCCCCUAGAUUCAGUCAAAAGGCAUUCGAGGACCUGCGCAGCCAUGGAGUAAAAACGGAGCUUUCUUUGGUUCCGAAUCAAUCUCAUGGAUUUGAUGCAGGACUAUCCCACGUCGAUGCGGAGUGGCCAGCCGUACGGAGGGCCCUAGACUUUCUGGUCUUGAAUGGAAAGGCCUGA